ACACGCCGGCUGCUCAGAGCCGGGCUUCUUUCUGACUGCAUCUGUCAACGCACACCCACGCGAACACACUGUAAGGAACAGCACAGAAUAAAGACACAGCUCUGUAUCAGAAGGAGAAGAAGAGCGCGAGAGAUUUGAAAGUAGUAGAAAUAAAGUACAACCACAAGUUCAAUGCCACCGCUGAGGAAAGACUGACAGCUCACCGACUGGAGAUGUCGGGCUGUGGGGAGCUGGAGAUGUAUCGGAAUAAUGGAGCAAAGCAGGUCCACGGGAGCGCACUGGAGAACAUGGACGGCUUAACUGAGAACCUGAUGCUAAGCAGAGACUUUCGCGGGAAGUUCAAGAAGCUGAGGUCCAGGAAAAGACCCACUAUUUUGGCAUCUUCACCAGGGUACAGCAAGCCUCCCAUCCCUACUGUGUGCUGCUCGCAGGGCGAGAAGGGACCGCCUGCCAUGAUGCCCAUCAGCGUUGACCCAGAGAGCCGGCCGGGCGAAUACGUGCUGAAGAGCCUCUUUGCCAACUUUACAACCAUCACUGAGCGCAAAAUCCGCAUCAUCAUGGCCGAGCCUCUGGAAAAAACACUUAUAAAAUCUCUCCAGAGGAGUGAAGAUCCACAGUUUGACCAAUUAAUCAGCACCAUGAGUUCUCUGGCCGAGUAUUGCCUUCCAUCUAUCUUACGCACCUUAUUUGACUGGUACAAAAGACAAAAUGGUGUUGAAGAUGAAUCCGAUGAGUACAGACCGCGUUCCAAUACAAAGCCCAAAGUUGAUGAGCAACAGAAAGAUUAUCUGCUGGAGAGGAGAGACCUAGCCAUAGAUUUCCUCUUCUCUCUCGUGCUCAUAGAGGUUCUUAAACAGAUGCCCCUGCACCCAGUAAUGGAUGGUUUGGUCCAUGAAGUGAUACAUUUGGCUUUUAAGCACUUUAAAUACAAAGAGGGGUACCACGGUCCAAACACUGCCAACAUGCACAUUGUAGCUGAUCUCUACUCUGAAGUUAUUGGAAUAUUAGCACAAGCAAAAUUUUCUGCAGUAAAAAAGAGGUUCAUGAGUGAGCUAAAAGAGCUGCGUAACAAAGAACAGAGCCCGUAUGUGGUCCAGAGCACCAUCAGCCUCAUCAUGGGUGUGAAGUUCUUUAGAGUCAAGAUGUAUCCUGUCGAGGAGUUUGAAGCCUCCUUUCAGUUCAUGCAGGAGUGUGCACAGUUUUUCCUGGAUGUGAAGGACAAAGACAUCAAACACGCUUUGGCUGGUCUCUUUGUGGAAAUUCUUGUUCCUGUUGCAGCGGCUGUCAAAAACGAGGUGAACGUUCCAUGUCUGAGGAACUUUGUGGAGAGCUUGUAUGAGACCACCUUUGAACUGUCAACAAGAAAGAAACAUUCUCUGGCUCUUUACCCACUGGUGACGUGUUUGCUGUGUGUGAGUCAGAAGCAGUUUUUCCUCAACAGAUGGCAUUUCUUUCUUAACAACUGCCUCUCUAAUUUAAAGAGCAAGGACCCCAAAAUGGCACGGGUAGCACUAGAGUCCCUCUAUCGACUCCUGUGGGUCUACAUGAUCCGCAUCAAAUGUGAAAGCAACACAGCGACACUGGGACGGCUCCACACCAUCGUAACGACUCUGUUCCCCAGAGGGUCUCGCAGUGUGGUUCCUAAAGACAUGCCUCUUAAUAUAUUUGUUAAGAUUAUUCAGUUUAUUGCACAGGAGAGACUUGACUUCGCAAUGAAAGAAGUCAUUUUUGAUCUAUUGUGUGUUGGGAAACCUGCAAAAGCCUUUAGUCUUAAUCCAGAGAGAAUGAAUAUAGGUCUUCGAGCAUUCCUAGUUAUUGCAGAUAAGCUGCAACAGAAGGACGGCGAGCCGCCUAUGCCAAACACGGGAGCCACGUUGCCUUCUGGGAACACACUCCGUAUUAAAAAGACGUACUUAAACAAGCCUCUAACUGAGGAGGAGGCAAAAGUCAUAGGAAUGUCCUUCUAUUAUCCUCAUGUGCGGAAAGCUUUGGACAACAUCCUCAGACAUUUGGAUAAGGAGGUCGGCCGCUGUAUGAUGCUGAGUAACGCACAGAUGCUGAAUAAAGAACCUGAAGAUAUGAUCACAGGUGAGAGGAAGCCUAAGAUCGACCUCCUCAGAACAUGUAUUGCUGCUAUUCCACGCAUCCUUCCCGAUGGCAUGUCCAAGUCGGAGCUCAUAGACCUUUUAGCUCGGCUUACCAUUCAUAUGGACGAUGAACUGCGUCUAAUAGCCCAGAAUUCUUUGCAGAGUCUGCUGGUAGACUUUCCAGACUGGAGGGAAGAAGUUCUCUUGGGUUACUGUAGUUUUCUGCUCCGAGAGGUGCAGGACACACACCAAACCCUACUGGACUCUUCUCUCAAACUGCUGCUUCAGUUACUCACCCAGUGGAAACUGGCCCUUCUUACCACCUGCAAGAGUCUGGACACAUCCAAGAUCUGCUCCGCUGAACUGUUACAGAGUAGCUCUGGCUCCCGGCUUCCCUCCGACCGGACCCCACAUUCUGCAGUACUGCAUGCUGUUGAGGGUCUAUCUAUAGUGAUGCUGUGCUCCUGCCAGACCGCCACACGCAAACUGGCCGUGUGUGUUCUUCGAGAAGUUCGCCAAAUCUUCCUCACCAUUGGACAGGCUGAGGAUGAUGAGAGGCCCAUGAUAGAUGUAUUGGACCAGUUGAGUCCAGUGGUGCUUGAGAGCUUUGCCCACGUGGUGGUGGCAGACUCGGCUUCUCUUCCCACCGGGCAGCACGCAGACCUGCAGUGGCUGGUGGAGUGGAACGGAUCUCUGGUCGGCAGCCACUAUGACGUGCGCAGUCCGUCCCACGUGUGGAUCUUGGCCCAGUCUCUGAAGGAACCCUGGACUCUGUGCCUCUUCAGCUUGCUGAGACAGGAGUACCUGCCCAAACACUGCCCAACAGCGCUCAGUUAUUCCUGGCCGUACGCUUUCACCCGCCUGCAGCUCCUCAUGCCCCUCCUGGAGCCCAGCAACCCAGCAAACGCUAAGAAGACAAGCUCAGCUGGUUCAGCGGACAGCUAUGUAUCUCUCUGGAGAAACUAUUUGAUUCUUUGUUUCGGAGUUGCUAAGCCCAGCAUAAUGAGUGCGGGUCACCUGCGUGCGUCCACGCCCGAGAUCAUCACUCCCAGCGCUGACAGCAACAGUAACUAUGAUAACAAGAUAAUAGGGAGCCCAUCUGUUGCUUGGCUCUUGAAGCAGCUGGUCCCUUUGAUGCGAUCGGAGAGCAUCGAGAUCACAGAGUCUUUGGUUCUUGGGUUCGGCCGCACAAACUCGCUCGUUUUUAGAGAGCUUAUUGAGGAACUUCAUCCUUUGAUGAAAGAAGCUUUGGAAAGGAGACCAGAGAAUAAAAAGCGCAGAGAAAGAAGAGAUCUGCUGAGGCUUCAGCUCCUCAGGAUAUUUGAGCUGCUGGCUGAUGCUGGUAUUAUUAGUGACAGCACUAAUGGAGCGCUGGAACGUGAUAGCCUGGCCCUGGGCGCGCUCUUUCUUGAGUAUGUAGACCUGACCCGGAUGCUUCUUGAAGUUGAGAAUGACAAAGACAUGGAGAUCCUCAAAGACAUCCGAGCUCACUUCAGUGCAAUGACUGCAAACCUUAUACAGUGUGUCCCAGUGCAUCAUCGGCGCUUCCUCUUCCCUCAACAAAGUCUUCGACACCAUCUCUUCAUCCUCUUCAGCCAAUGGGCCGGCCCCUUCAGUAUCAUGUUCACGCCCCUGGAUCGCUAUAGCGACCGGAACCAUCAGAUUACCCGAUACCAGUACUGCGCCCUCAAGGCCAUGUCAACGGUGCUUUGUUGUGGCCCCGUGUUCGACAACGUGGGCCUGUCUCCCGAUGGUUACCUCUAUAAGUGGUUGGAUAACAUCCUCGCCUGCAAGGAUCUGCGGGUGCAUCAGCUGGGCUGUGAGGUGGUGGUUCUACUGCUGGAACUGAACCCAGAUCAGUUGAAUCUGUUUAACUGGGCUGUGGACCGCUGUUAUACGGGUACCUGCCAGCUGGCUUCUGGUUGUUUCAAAGCCAUUGCCACUGUCUGUGGAAACAGAAGCUACUCCAGUGAUUUCGUGACCCUGCUUAACCUCGUCCUCUUCAAAGCAUCCGACACCAACAGGGAGAUCUAUGAGAUCGCCAUGCAGUUGAUGCAGAUUCUGGAAGCCAAGCUGUCCGUGUAUUCUAAGAAGAUCGUGGAUCAGAAAAGUGGCCAUAUCUUGUAUGGCACACACGGGCCUCUCCCUGCCCUCUACAGUCUCUCUGUGACCCAACUUUCCCAGCAGCUUGCCAGGAUGUACCCUGAACUCACCUUGCCUCUCUUCUCAGAGGUCAGUCAAAGGUUCCCCACCACUCAUCCGAACGGACGACAGGUCAUGUUGACCUACCUGCUCCCGUGGCUCAGCAACAUCGAGCUGGUGGAUGCAGGCCUACUGCCCACGCUCUCGAGUCCCAGCAGCUCUGUGAACAACAGGAAGAGCUACACAUGUAACACCUCACCGCCUCACCUGCUCAGAGGCACAGGCUGGGGUUCGCUUCAGGCUUCCUCAAUGGUCCUGAACAACCUCAUGUUCAUGACCGCAAAGUAUGGAGAUGAUGUUCCCGGUGCUGAAAUGGAGAAUGCUUGGAACGCUCUGGUCAGCAGCGACCGAUGGAGUAAUAAUCUGAGGACCACCCUGCAGUUCCUUAUAAGCUUAUGUGGGGUCAGCAGCGACACCUCUCUCCUCCCCCAUAUUAAGAAGGUGGUGAUCUACCUGUGCCGAAACAACACCAUUCAAACCAUGGAGGAGCUUCUUUAUGAGCUCCAGCAGACGGACCCUGUCAACCCUGUUGUUCUGCACUGUGACAAUCCUCCAUUCUACCGCUUUUCAGCUACGAGCAAAAUUAACGUCACCACCUCCGGUCCAACUUCCAGCAGCAAAGCAGCAGUAGUCGGCCAGGAAAACAUGCCUGACACAGAUGAGUCGCCCGUCACAAAGGAAUGUGAUGACAGGCUGAGCAACAUUCUGCGAGCUCAUCACCGGCUGGAGUCACGCUACAGCAGCAGUUCUGGAGGUUCUUACGAUGAAGAGAAGAGUGAGCCCCUCCCUCCGUAUGCCAUGUGGCUUAUGAGCAUGCUGGAAACCAAUCAGCCGCUUCCUCUUCCAAUGCCGGUCAACGGAGGCUGCUGGGCGCCGCUGGUCGACUAUCUUCCUGAAACCGUCACGCCACGAGGACCCUUACAGAGGUGUAACAUAGCGGUUAUCUUCAUGACCCAGCUGGUGGUGGACCACAGCGUGAAGGAGGACUGGGUUCUGCAUCUCCCUCUGCUCCUCCAUGCCUGUUUUCUGGGUAUUGAUCAUUGCCGUGCGGAGGUGUUUGAGCACUGUAAGAAGCUCCUCCUGCAUCUUCUCAUCACGCUCUCCUGCAACAACAACUUCAGCCUCAUAGCUUCCGUUCUGCUGAACACCAGAGAUGCCAACAGCAACAAAAGCCUGACGUUCAAACACGGCUACCAGCUUGAGUUCCUCUACACGGGUGGUGUGGACUUCCUGCGGAACGGCCAGACGUCUCCGGUUCCGGAUUCUGGCCUGAGCUCCUCCUCCACCUCCUCUAGCUUGAGUCUGGGGGGCAGCAGCUCCAACCUCCCUCACCUGGCCCAGGAAGAGGUGGAACAUCUGGAGAGCAGCACUGAAGAUGAAGAUAAGAGCAGUAAGCUCAUCGAGUUCCUCACUACCAGGCCUUUUGGACCUUUGUGGAACCACGAAGACAUCACUCCUAAGAAUCCACACUCAAAGAGCACUGAGUAUCUCACUAACUUCCUCAGACAUGUAGUGUCUGUCUUCAAAGAGGCCAAAUCAGACAUUCAACUCGAGCAGCAGUGGAGUGAUGUGGCAUUACAGUUGGCUUUAUGCAGCUCCUCCAGACAUUACGCUGGACGUUCCUUCCAGGUGUUCAGAGCUCUCCGGCAACCCCUCUCAGCGCUGGCCAUCUCUGACCUGCUUUCACGAUUGGUGGAGGUGGUCGGGGAGCACGGGGAGGAGGUGCAGGGUUACUCGAUGGAGCUUCUCCUCACUCUUGAGUCUGUGGUGGAUAACCUGGCGGAAUGCUUAAAGAACAAUGACUUCUUUCUCAUACUGAGGUCUGCUUCUCCAGAUCCUCCAUCCACCGGCAAGCUCACUCCAAAUCGUAAGAGCACCAGUCAACUGGAGCUGAUCCCCGGAUCCAGCACUGCCUCUGAGCGGGUCCGUCACCAACGUAGCUACUCCGUCCCCAAACGCUUUGGCGAGGCUGAGCGUUCCUCUGAGGUUCCUCGGAGUGCCACCCUGGACCGCAUCCACGCCUGCACUCGCCACCAUCAGGGCAACUCCUGCAAGCUCCGAUCUCUGUCCUCCACCUCCUCCAGGGACAUCGUGGUCUCCACCGACCCAACCAACGCCAACCACCCUCGCAACCUUCUGGCCACCAUAUUUUGGGCAACGGUGUCGCUUAUGGAGUCAGACUUUGAGUUUGAGUACCAGAUGUCCCUCCGGUUGUUAGCGAAGCUGCUAGGUCACAUUUCUUUGGAUAAGCAGGAAUACAGAGAGAAGCUGGAGAAGAUUCAGGUCCAGCUACAAUGGAAAGAGUUCUCUGGGCUACAACAGCUACUUUUGAAAGGCUUUACUUCUACCACCACCACAGAACUCACUUUGGAGCUUUUUAGCCGGCUUACACCUGUGUCACGCCUACCGGUUGUGGACACCUCACAAGUCAAAGGUUUUCCAUUGAAUGUGCUCUGCCUCAUCCCUCACCUGGUGCUCCAUUUCGACUCGCCCACCCAAUUUUGUAAGGAUGUAGCCGAGAGAAUUUCCCAGGUUUGCCUCAAGGAAAAGAACUCAAAGCUAUCCAACCUCGCCCAUGUGAUGACACUGUACAAAACACACUCGUACACCCGAGAUUGCUUCUCCUGGGUGAACGUGGUCUGCCGAUACCUGCACGAGGCUUUUAGUGACAGCACGCUCAACAUGGUAACCUGCAUGGCAGAGUUGCUGGAGAAAGGACUACCCAGCAUGCAACAGACUCUUCUACAGAUUAUCUACAGUCUUCUGAGUCACAUGGACUUGAGUGGUAUUCAAGCCAAACCCUUCAACGUCGAGGUUCUGACAACCAUUGAGAAGUUUGUUCAGACUGCACAUUGGAAGGAAGCCUUGAACAUAUUAAAGUUGGUGGUUUCCCGGUCGGCCAGUCUGGUUUCGCCAUCGUCGCCGCUGAGCAACGUGUCCAACGUGGAUGUCAGGCGUGUGUGGGACACGCCCUCCAAAGCCUUGCCCGGGAAGACCCUUGAUUUCCACUUUGACAUCUCAGAGACGCCAGUGAUUGGCCGGCGCUACGACGAGCUCCGUGGUUCCCCGAAGCAAGAUGUGCAGAACGGAGGACGGGUCGCCGUGACGUGCAGUAUCUCCUCGACAUCCUCUGGCUCUUACCAAAACAAUCACGUGCUGGUGCCGGUCAGCUGGAAACGGCCACAGUCCUCACAGAAAAGGACGCGUGAAAAGCUGGUGAAUGUAUUAACACUGUGUGGUCAAGAAGUUGGACUCACCAAAAACCCUUCUGUGAUUUUCUCAUCCUGUGGGGAACUGGACCUGAUCGAUCACCAGCCCAGUCUGGUGUCCUCUGAGGACGGCACACGAGACACGGAAAACAUGGACGACACCACGUCUGAGCAGCAGUUCCGUGUAUUCAGGGACUUUGAUUUCCUGGAUGUAGAACUGGAAGAUGGAGAGGGUGAAACAGUGGACAGCUUUAACUGGGGUGCACGGAGACGUUCUAUUGACAGUCUGGAUCAGACUGAGCCUCAACCAUUGGAGGAGGACAGCCAGCUUUCAGGAAGUUCACCCAGCCUGUGUCCAGUCAUCCAUGAUGAUUCUGAAGAAUCUUCUGAGGAGGAGCCUGUCUAUGCAUCACAGCUAAAUGUCAGCCUGUCUCCCACUGAGGAAUUAAACCCCACGAACUAUCCGCCCGUCUUCUUUGACAACGCUCAAGCUGACCCAGUGCCUCUUUCCAUCCCAACGCCAAACUUUGAGAUCUCACUACCCGAGGGCUCGACCCAUCGGCCGGAGGAUUCAGCUGAAGAAGAUGAGUCAAGCGUGAAUGAGAAUGAUAUCUCGCUCUGCAUUUAUGAAUUUCCCUCUGACUUCACUUCCUCUGACAUCGUAACAGUGGACACACCCGAAAUUGAAGAAAAUAGCUUUGAGGACAGUGGGAUAAACUGCAUACCCAGUGGGUUUGGAGAGGAGCACGGCCCUGUGAAAGAGCCGGACGAGGAGAAGGAGGAGCUGUCGCUAGAGUCUCGUUCCUCCCCUCCGCCAUCUCCCUUUUUCUCUGCCAUCCUGGCCGCUUUCCAGCCGACGGUGUGUGAUGAUGCCGAGGAGGCUUGGCGCAGUCACCUCAACCAGUUGGUGACUGACUCGGAUGGUUCCUGUGCUGUCUACACCUUCCAAGUCUUCUCCUCACUCUUUCAGAGUAUACAGACCAGAUUCUGCACCUUGACCUGUGAUGCUGCUGGUUACCUUGGCGAUGGCCUUCGAGGAAUAGGUGUCAAGUUUGUGAGGUCUUCCCAGAUGCUGACAUCAUGCUCGGAAUGUCCAACACUGUUUAUGGAUGCAGACACAAUUGUGUCCUAUGGCCUCUUGGAGAAGAUGAAGUUUAGUGUAUUAGAGCUACAGGAAUACCUGGAGACCUACAAUAAUAAGAAGGAGGCAGUCCUAUCGUGGCUAUGCAACUGCAAGGCAACCUUUCCAAAAUGUGCUGGAGACGGAGUGAUCACAUACCAGACCGCUAAUACAGAGGAGAAGCAACUGGAGCUUUGUCAAAGACUCUACAAACUCCACUUUCAACUACUGUUGCUAUUUCAGUCUUACUGUAAGCUGAUUGGUCAGGUUCACACCAUAAGCUCGGUCCCUGAGCUGCUGAACAUGUCAAGUGAGCUGAAUGAUUUGAGGAGUAACCUGCAAGCAGCAUCAGUGGGCGGUGAGCCAGCAGUCGAGUGCAAAGACUCCAAUGCCGAGUCCCCCUACAGCUCCUCUGAAGCUGCUGUGCAGGCUAUUCUAGAGAGCCUUAAAGACAGUGAAUUCCACAGAGCAAUCCAUCACAUACGUGAAUGCAGGAAAAUGUGGCCUAGUGAUAUCUUCGGCAGCAGCUCAGAGAACGAGAUCCAGACUCUACUCAACAUUUAUUUCCGGCACCAGACUCUGGGUCAAACAGGCACCUUCGCCCUGGUUGGUUCCAAACAAGACAUGUCUGAGAUAUGCGGUCGACUCACCGAGCUCAACUGCGAGAUCCGAGAGAUGAUCAGGCGAGCGAAGGGCUAUCUGGCCAUCACCGCUUUUCUUCCGGACUCCAGCGUGACUGGCAUCAGCCUUUGAGUUGAACCUUGGGAGAUCACCCAAGCAAUGCCAUUCUUACCACCUCCCUCUUCUUCUGUCUGAAGACGGAGCUGUAUUUAUUGUUCUUCCCUAGCCCACACAAUAAAAAGUAUAUCGCCCACAUGAUAUAACUCGUAUCGCUUAAAGAAUUGCAACAGGGGAUGGACGGUGGAGUUGAAACAAAGACGCCUUGCCUUUUUUGCACUACUGUGUAGCUACGGGGUCCUUUUCCAAACGGGGGUCCCUAACGCUGCAGGCAUACCAAAGCUCUAUGAAAGACUCCUCCUGCUAACUGUCUACCAUUAUCAAUGUCACGGGAAAAUGUGCAAUGCCUCACACAAAGUGAAAUAAUCUGUCAUUCUCGGAGAGAAUGUUUCAAAAUGUUCGUGCUCUCAGCUACUUGAACAGAACCAUGAAUGAUGCAGAAAUAUUAUGUUCUUUUUUAUUUGUUUUGAUUACAAAUAAUACAGCUGAAACCCUUCGCUUACGUGGCUUUUUAAAUGUUACGAAAAGAUAGUAUACAGAGCACAUCUUUCUCAGCUUUUACACGUACCUGUACAAAAGAAAUAUAUCCAACAUGAUGCAAUGCUACUGUCAGAGAGACCUGGAUGCAUAAACAGGCACUCCAGCACUUAUUUAUGGGGUUAUUUAAUUUCACUAAUGUCUUUCUACUGUUUAGUUGCUCGCAGAAGAUUUAUUUAUAUUCCUAUCAUGCUUAAAAUGGUCUAGUUUUAUAGGAUUUAAUAUGUCUAUUUCUGUCAUUUUGAAAUGGCCAAGCAUGCAAAGGUAUGUACCAUAAGAGAAAAUAGAAAUAUUUAUGGAAUAAGAAACUAUUUUAACUGAUAAUUACAUUUGUACAUAGUAGUGGGAGUAUGGCUUAUUCUUGUAAGGUUUUAUUUUUAUGGUUUUAUUUUGCUGUCUGCUGUAUGAAAGUGUGCAUGCAAUAAAUAGAUUAAUAAAUACUAUUAAUAAA